ACAAUAGUGCGCGGGAAUUAAACUGUCAACAUGUAAUCACAAACAAAUUUAGAACCCCAUCCGCAACACUCGCAACACUCGCACCAAGCGCCAACUCAAUAUUCUAAGCAUAACUGUUGAAUAAUUGAAAUUGAAAAUUUUCAAUUUCGAUACGAUGAUUACGGCAAACGUUCCAGCGACAUACAAAACAAGUAAUUAUCGCAUCAAAUGUGACAAUUAAUUACACGUCAAUUGUGUGUGUGUGUCUCUUGAAACCCUUAAAUAACUGUGCGACACACACAAUACACAAUAGAAAUGGCGAAAUGGCGAAAUGGCCAAACGGCGAGGCGAAGUAAUAAAACUCUUGACGCCGCAGCAUAGACAAUCAGAAAGCCGAAAGUGAAAUAUUGUCGCAGAGCUGGAAUUGGAACGCGCCAGCACUUGAGAAUCAGCCUGAAGUUCGAGUAGUUAGUCGUAGGUGAUACUCAUUGUACCCACCGCCGACUGCAUAAGUAGACGCCGUCGCUACAAAGCAAACAAUGCCUGAGGAUUUAUUUAGGAUACAACGCAAUUGUCUGCGUCUAAUGGGCCACCAAGACAUCUACGAUGAUGACAAUGAAACGGCCGGCGAUGAGCAAAAAUCGAAGUCGUGGCAGAUGCGUUGCUUUCGCCAUAGCCAAACGCUGAAGUACGCUCUCUUGUUGUUGUUGAUGAUGUCGGCACAAUUGCCAAUGAUGGAUUACAUUAUUUAUCAUAUCGAUGAUUUGGCAUUGGCGACGGCUUGCCUCAGUAUUGUCUUCACCAAUGUACUGACGGUGAUCAAGACCUCAACAUUUCUCGCUUACAAGCGUGAGUUCAAAAGCCUAAUGGCCGAGUUCGAACGCAUGUACGAUGAAUUACAUGAAGCGGGUGCCAAACGGUGUCUGGUGACGGUCAAUGUGGGUGCAAAGAGAUUUGUCAAACUCUACUUUUAUAGUGUCUCAUGCACUGGUUUAUACUUCACAAUAAAACCGUUAGUGAGCAUGAUUUGGGCAAAAUUUCAGAUCAAGCCGCUUGUGCUGGAGUUACCAAUGCCAAUGAGGUUCCCCUUCGACUUCGAGUCUCCGCCUGGCUAUCAAUUCGCCUACAUUUACACAAUACUCAUCACAAUAGUAGUGGUGAUGCAUGCAACAUCUGUGGAUGGUCUCUUUGUCUCGUUCACCACAAAUCUGCGUGGUCAUUUUCAAGCUUUGCAGUAUUUCAUCGAGACAAAUACGUACGACAAAUCCGACGCCCUCAUACAGCAGGAGCUGCGUAUCUACGUGCACUACCACGUACGACUGUUGGAACUGUCGCAGAGUGUGCAGCGUAUUUUCAAACCGAUAAUUUUCGGACAAUUUCUGAUGACAUCGCUGCAAGUGUGUGUCAUCAUUUAUCAGCUGGUGACGAAUAUGGGCGUUAUCAUGGAGAUGGUGGUCUAUUGUACGUUUCUUAGCUCAAUUCUGCUGCAAUUGCUGAUUUACUGUUACGGCGCUGAAUUUCUCAAAAUUGAGAGCUCCGCCGUCGGCACGGCCGUUCAAAUGUCGCAAUGGUACAAUUUACCGCCUCGUCAUCGCCACGUUCUGCGGCUGAUGAUGCUUCGCUCACAGCGUGAGAUCAUCAUUAGCGCCGGCUUCUAUGAGGCUUCGCUGGCCAAUUUCAUGAGCAUUUUGAAGGCCGCCAUGUCGUACAUCACUUUCAUACAGUCCAUUGAGUAGUGCGGGUUAAGCUGCCGUUAAAGAGUGAUUGCGGUAAGGUGCUUUACGAGGAGUCGCCGAAAUCUAAGCCGACAAUUAACUUAAGUUUAUUUAUCAUUAGUAGUAUUUUAUGAUGUUGAGACAACUUAAUCCCUCUAAAACAGUUUGUGGGGAUUUAUAUGUUAUGAAAGGUUAUUAUAGACCGUAAUAUCAAACUCACUUAAAACUUAAACAAUUGCACUUAAGCUUUUACAAUUUUUGGAGGUUAAUGUUGUCAUAAGAACGAAGCUAUAUUGAAAUAAGAUAUUUAUGAUAAUACUAUCUAAAGUCAGAUGGUUAGCAUAAGCUCUCUGAAUGCUCCCUCUAACAAGUCAAUUCUAGAUUGUCGAAUAAAUAGAAAUUUGCAUAUAAAUUAUACCGUCUAAUGAUUAA